AAGUAAUUUUGAUUUGAUUUGUUUAUCACCAAGGUCUGCUUUAACUUUGACGCAAAACAAAAGGAGAGUGACCUUAACGCUCCCUACUGUAAUACAGGAAGUCUCUUAAAGUUAAAGUUAGCUAACUUUAAUUACUGAAUUUUCUUUAUCUACGGUCAUCUCUACAGCGAAAAAAUGGUGCUCAGGAAAUGUUGCAGCAUUUUAAGCAACAGGAACAUGCUGACGGUGUCCAGCCUGAUAGGAGUUGGCUUGGGUGUUGUUUUGGGCAUGGCUCUGAAGACCUACCUCCAUUUGUCAGACCUGGAGAAAGAGUACAUUGGCUUCCCAGGAGAAAUCCUCAUGCGGCUGCUUCAGCUGGUGACCAUUCCUCUCAUUGUGACAAGUGUGAUAACAGGAGUUAUCACUAUGAGUCUUGGCACUUCUAGAAAAAUCACCAUGCGUGCAGCGGUGUACUUUAUCUCAACCACUAUCGUGGCUGUUGCUAUAGGGUUAGCAUUGGUCAUGCUGGUGGAGCCUGGGGUCGGGAACAGUGCAGGUAAAGUUCCAAAAGAUGAUGAAGAUGAUGAAACCUUCUCCUCAGUCGAGGCCUUGAUGGAUCUGAUCAGGAACAUGGUGCCACAUAAUCUGGUUCUGGCUAGCUUUCAACAGUACAAGACUCGGAAGGUGGAGUUUGAAGUUGAGGAAGUGGAUGAAACCACUGGCUUGCUAACGAAAAGGAUUGAAGUGCGUCUGGUGGGCGAACACAUUGAUGGACUCAACACGUUGGGCCUGGUUAUCUGGUCUGUUAUUUGUGGACUGGCCCUCAGGUCGAUUGGAGAAAAAGGGAAAGUCUUUGUGGAAAUCCUUACCUCCUUCAACUCUGCCAUUAAACAUGUGGUUAGAAUGAUAAUAAGCUACAUGCCGAUAGGAGUUCUGUUUAUGACUGCGAGCUACGUCGUUGAGGUCGGGGACAACUGGGAGACCGUCUACAAGCUGGGAAUGUUCACGGCAGUGGUUAUUGUUGGGCUCAUCAUUCACGGAGCAGUAUUCCUCCCGCUGACCCAUCUCCUGAUUUUAAAACAGAACCCGCUCCCUUUCAUUCAGGGCAUUUCUCCUGCCAUAAAGAGAGCCAUGCACAUCUCCCGCAGCUCCGCCUUCACGCUCACUUUCCGGUGCUGUGAGGACGUAAACAAGAUCGACCGCAGAAUCACUCGCUUCAUGCUGCCACUCGGCAUCAACGUCAACAUGGACGGAACGGCCCUGUAUGAAGUGGCAGCUGCAGUUUUCAUCGCCCAACUUAACGCCAUCAACCUGAACUGGAGCCAGUUAAUUACUCUGGGUGUGACAGUAGCAGUGUCCAGUGUUGGAGAAGCAGGGAUCCCAGCGACAGGAACAGUCACCACUCUCUUCAUCCUGACAGUUGUCGGGAUCCCUGUGAGGGACGCUUCCCUCCUGCUGGUGAUAGAAUGGCUGCUAGAUCGCUGCAACACCGGUGUCAACGUCCUGGGAGACUGCAUCGGCGUGGCGAUCGUUGAGCAUUUAUCGAAAAAAGAUCUGGAAGAUAUGGACGCACGAGGAGAGGAUAUGGGAAGAUUCUGCACAGAGGACCUGGUAGAUGACGCUGAGGAUCUCCUGGUCCGAGUCCACACCAAGAAGUCAGCAGCUGGAAGACAGCCGAAGUAACGUAAGCUGAGCUCAGAAUAAACUGAGUCUGAACAUCAGCAGCACCAACACUGACUCAUAACUGUGACGAAAGUCUACAGUUUGGUUUUCAUUUAUUUGCUGUUGAUUUGAGAAAAGUAACUUUUAUGCAAGCCUGCUGGCAAUGUUUUUAUUAAAUGCAUUUAUUUGGAAUGACAUAUUGUCUUAUUUAGUAUUAUAUUUAAUGCAUUAGCAGCGUGAAGUAGGUUGACCUAAAACAAAAAUCUGUUUGAGUGUGAGAAACCCAUUUGUUGGCUCAUUUAUUGGCUGUCACUUGUGUUGCAUUUUUAAUUUGUUUUUUGUCGUCUGUGUACUUUUAAGUAAGCCUAUGAGCAAUUAUUUGUUAAUUGAUUUUCUUUUUGACUGUGCUUUAUGAGUUAUGAUUUAUUAAUAGUUGCUGAUUUUGUUUAUUUGGAAUAUUUUUUUAUGCUUAUUCAUUAGCAAAUCAAUUUCCAAAAAUGGAUUGUAUUACUAUCUCUUUGAUUUGUUAAUUCCUUAUUCAUACACACUGUAAAAAAAACAACAACUGUGUAAUUUACGGUAAAAUACCGGCAGCUGUGGUUGCCAGAAUUUCACCGUAAAAAAUACAGUGAGUGCGUUUUCUAAUGUAAAUUUUAAUGUAAAUAUCAGCAAAACCUGUAAUUUAGACUGAAUAAUAAGUUAUUUCUAGGGUAAUUGUGUCCUUGUGACAUUAUGGUAUUUCUCCAUUAAUUUUACAUACAUUUGAAAAAAUAUUUUUACAGUUUUGUACAAUUUCUUGAUUUACGGUAAUUAAGUGACUACUGCGGUGAUAUACAUUUUUAUUUUUAUUUUACAGCCUAUUUCUGAUACUAUUUGACAGUGUUUUACUGUAAUUUCAGUCUAUGGUUAAUUCAUGUAUUUGUUGUCACAUUUAUCCCAUAUUUUGCAUUUUAAUUUUGCCAGUGUGCUUUUAAAUAAGCCUAUUCCCAUCUGUUUGUUUAUAGUUUUUGUUUUUUUAAUGUGAUUUAUUUGGAAUCAAAUGUGUAUUUUAUGUUUGUGUAUUAGCAGCAUGAAGAGGGUGAACUUUAAAAGACCUCUUGAGUGACAGAAAUAGACUCUUUUAUUUUCUUAAUUAAUUUCUUUGCUGUCACAUUUUGCAUUUUUAUUUUGUCCGGAUACCUUUAAAUAAGCCAAUUGCCUAUUAAUUGCCUUUUCUUGUCCACUUUAAUUUAGCUUAAUUGAUUUUUUUGUUGAAUUUUAUGUUGGUGCUUGACUUUUGCUACUUUUGUUGUUGUUUUUUUGUUUUGGAUAAAAUCACAUCUCAAUAAAUAACAGAAAAAUGAAACAUGUUUCCAUCUGUUACAGUACGUUUAAUAUGACUUGUUGCAUUGUGGACUUGUUUCUCAGUGAUUAAAAUUAAUUUUCUGUG